AUGUCAUUUAACAACUUCUUGUCCACCAGUACAGAUAAAGAAGUGUCCCUCGAAUUUGCUCAACGUGCUUCAUCAAAAUCAGAUAUGGUUGGCAUUCUCUUUAUAAUGUCCAUUGAUCCUUGCUUGAAAUCAACACCAUUUGCACUGAUUAAAGAAGAGAGUUAUUUUAAAGAAGAAGAAGAAAUUCUUUUCUCAAUGCACACCGUGUUUCGAGUGAAUAAAAUUAAACAAAUAGACAAUAAGAAUCAACUUUAUCAAGUGGAACUGCAAUUAACGUCGGAUGACGAUCAACAACUACGAUUACUUACUGAUCGGAUACGAGAAGAAGUAGAUGGUACUGGAUGGCCGAGAUUGGGUAGAUUAUUGGUUCAAAUUGGCCAAUUUAAUAAAGCAGAAGAACUUUAUAAUGUAUUACUCGAACAGGCAACUGAUGAGAGUGAAAAAGCGCUUUAUUAUGGUUGUCUGGGAUAUGUCAAAGAUGGCCAGGGUGAUUAUGAGAAGGCUAUUUGGUAUUACUAA